GAAAUUUGGAAAAUCGGAUACGUUAUACGGUUUUAAUCAGGGAUGUAUUUUGACAUUCGGCCGGAGAGCGAUACGGUGCUAGCCAAGUUAAAUAUUGUAAGCAGGGUGUUAUCUGUAAUUCCGAAAAAACAGAAGUGUCAUUCUCCCAAAUCUGACAGAUUAAUAAGAGAUUAAUUGUUUAUUUGUAAAUAUAAACGCCGAGUAAACCGCGUCGGUUGGUUUUUAUUAAGAAACGUGAUAUUGCGAUCGUUAUUUCGUGUGCUGCGACUAGAACGCAGAAUAAUACUUGUAACCCUUCACUUCGUCGUCGUGUUACAAGCACGAGAUCGUGAUAUGCAUCUGGCAAAGGAUUUCGCUCCUCGUAUCACAUAACCUCAAAAUAAAAGGCCAGGUUAUCCCCAGAUAAACAUGGAUAAUUGCAGUGAAGUCGGGGACAGUCACGUCUCUCAGAAUGGUACUCGGAAAAAAACAUGGUCUGAACUUCGGGGUGUCGUCAGCGACCUCAGGAGACGACUCGCCGGAGUUUCUGCCGGAUCCGUGCCUGCCUCCAUCACUUUUAGAUCCCUGCCAGACGGACGGAUGAGAAUAUAUUUCUUGAGUACUCCGUCCCACGGAUGGGAAACCACGCUGCUCUAUGUCGACAUCGGACAUUCAGAUAAUGCUAAUGGAUACAAAUUAAAUUGGCAGUCACUUAUAGAGGCUAACUUUCAAAGCUUGUCAUCCGUCAAUCGGUUGUCGAGAGAAGAGCAACUCCUGUGGGAGAGAAAAAGGUUAGCUACAUGGGGCAUUACGAGCUACGAAAUACAUCCGGAAAGUGGAAAACUGGUUUUUCCAGCUGCGAGCAGUCUAUACCAAUGUGUAGAUAAUGGAAGUACGCCUGGCCUUCUUUUUCCGUCUGAAUUAAGAAUGUCGAUGACUGGUGCUAAGUUGUGUCCGCAAAUUUGUCCGUGGGAUCAUGCUUUGGUCGCUCACACAUGUGCGGGUGAUUUACAUUUGUCGCACAGUAUUACCGGAUCUUCUGUAAGGCUGACUUACGCGAGGAAGGGUGGAAGAAGUUUGGCCGAUGAUCCGUUAAUGGCUGGAACACCUUCCUAUGUAAUGCAAGAAGAAUUCACGAGAUUUAUCGGUUAUUGGUGGCAACCAAAAUCAACUGAUGGAAUUUACAGAAUAGUUUACGAGGAAGUUGAUGAAAGUGAUGUAAAGAUAUUUUGUUUCCCUUCUUCAACUUCGAACUCUGGUGAAAUUGAAGAAUUCAGAUUUCCGAGAGCUGGAACUUCCAAUGCUAGAAGUAAUUUGAAAAUGGUGCAAUUCAAGCUCUCAGAAACGGUUCAGGUUAUGGAUAUUGAAAUAUUAGAGCUUCAGUACCCACUGCACAUUAUGUUUCCGUGGAUGGAGUACGUUGUCCGAGUCGGCUGGACGCCUGACGCACAGUACGUUUGGGUGCAAUUGUUGGAUCGUCGACAACAGAGGCUUGAGCUUGUCCUGUUGUCGGUUGAUAACUUCUGCGAGCCACCUCCAAAUGUUUAUAAUUCGGAAAAUCAUUUCGCGUUGUCGUCAGCGAGUGUUCAGGUGAUUUAUUCACAGACAAGCAAUAUCUGGAUAAACGUCAAUGACUUACUGUACUUCUUACCAUCCGAUGACCCGACAGAAGUUAAAUUUAUUUGGGGCAGUGAAGAAACUGGAUUCAGACAUUUGUAUCUUGUCACAUCGAGUAUAGCUGGUUUAACAAGUGGUGUGGAAGAACCGUUAGAUAGGAUGGAUAACGUGUUUCUUCAGCCCCGAGUUAUAUCCAAAAUUGCACUGACAAAGGGGAAUUGGGAAGUAUUAGGUAGAAAUCUGUGGGUUGAUGAAGCGAAUUCUAUAGCUUAUUUCUCUGGUUUGAGAGAAGGACCAUUGGAACAGCACGUUUACGCCGUAUCAUUACGCCGUCCAUUGGAGAUAAGACUGCUUACACGACCGGGUUAUAGUUACAACAGUGUUUAUUUUAAUAAACAAUGUACUAUGCUCGUCGCCGUUUAUAGUUCUAUUAAGACAUUACCUACUUGCCAGGUAUUUAGGAUAUCUCAGUCAGACUGGACAGUAGAAAGUAUCACACUCACACCAGUGGGCUAUCUGUUGGAGCCAUCUGCACCUGACUCGGAAUUAUUUGCGCCCGAGAUUUAUACUCACAAAAUAAAAUCGGGUGAGACAAUAUUCGCCAUGAUUUUUAAGCCACAUAAUUAUCAACCAGGGAAGAAGUAUCCUACCAUAUUAAACGUUUAUGGAGGACCAGAGGUUCAGCUUGUAUCCAAUACGUUCAAGGGUAUGAGGCAUUUGCGAAUGCACAUGCUGGCUGCUCAGGGAUAUUCCGUAGUUCUAAUUGACUCGCGAGGUUCUCAAUAUAGAGGUCUAAUGUUCGAAAGUUACUUACAAAGAAGAAUGGGAACUGUGGAGUUGAUCGAUCAAGUCGAGGUGCUGCGCUGGCUAGCUGACACGACGGGCUGCAUCGAUAUGUCCAGAGUCGCAAUUCAUGGCUGGUCUUACGGGGGAUAUUUGAGUCUAAUGGGUUUGACUCAAUUUCCUGACAUAUUCAAAUUGGCCAUCGCAGGAGCGCCGGUGACUUCUUGGAAUUUAUACGACACCGGUUACACGGAGCGUUACAUGGACCUCCCGGAAAAUAAUCCUCAAGGUUAUGCGAAUGGGUCAGUCUUGAAUUAUAUAAACAAAUUUCCCGAAGAAGAAAACCGUUUGCUCAUAAUUCACGGCCUCAUUGACGAAAACGUGCAUUUUUUCCAUACAAGUCAGCUUAUAAACGCGUUAGUUAAAGCUGGAAAACCUUACGAACUACAGGUGUAUCCGAAUGAGAGACACAGUUUGCGAAACGUUGACGCGAGCAAACAUUACGAAACCACCGUGUUAUCUUUUCUGCAAAAUCAUUUAUGAAUUUAUUAUACGUUAAUCUCUUAACCGCUAAUUAAUUUUUACACCACAAAUGGCAGUUUAGGUAGGUAAUUAAUAAACAAUGUCGCGAAUGAUCGACAAUUCGAGAUUGUAGUUAUUUAUUUAAAUGAAUGGAGAAACAUUGUACAUUCUCCAAAGUGUAAGUUUUUAAUGAAAAAUCGUGUUUCAUAUUUAUAUAUAUAUCAACGUUCGACUAUUUACAGAAGAUGUUUCGAGGUACAGUACUACCUCGAAUCGUUAUAGGAGGAUGUAGGGUGUUUAGGGAAAUAUGAUUCCAAGUAAUUUGUCGUCAGAGCAGAACGAAGGGGAAAUUUUCUUAUGACGAGGACUCUUAUAAUGAGGUAGUACUGUAUCAAAGAAAAUCGUAAAGCCAAGUAGUUAGUGUUUUACCUUUUUACAGAGUUUAUUCGCGAUCAGAAAAAGGAGAAACUCCACUUAUACUCAUUGUUGAAUCGUAUCAACGAAUAUGUACAGUUUUUCAAACCUCCUUUGGUAUUUGAUUUUUCAAAACUGUUAGCAGCGCCAGUAAAUAAAAAAGGUUGAAACGUAUUAAAACAGAUUCAUUCUGAUAACUGCCGAUUCGUAAUU